AUGGUACUGGCAUUUUGUAGACGUGGUUCGGUUAUUCCUAUUUGUCUCUAUCUAUUGGUGGGGAGGUAUAUGAAGGAACGAAACAGUGGAUUGAGGAAUGAAAGCUCGAAGACAAAGAGAACCGGGCUUUUUCUUUAUAGGUAUAGAUUGCUGAGAUGGUUCUGGAACUCACGGAAAGAGGCUUUUAAGGGGUGCGCCCUUAACCCGAUUCCGGGUGAGUUCUGGAAACGACUAAUUUGGUACAAAAACAGGCUCUAUGGUUUGUUUUUGAUCUAUCGCUAUCUCCAAAAAAAGAGAAAUGAGGAGAUGGUGGGCUCUUCCAAGGAUAUGUCAUUUCUUCCGGUUUUUUAG